UUCAGGAAGUUGUCCACUCAGUGCCAACUUUGGAGCUGAUCCUUUCGUGUUAUUUCCAGUUAAACCAGCCAUCACUGAUUUCUCGGAAGUGUCAGGAAAUAAAAACCAUGGGCGAGUCGAACCCGGCACCACUGUGUCUUCUGACCCGAGUUUGAUUUUGUUUUGUCCCCCCCUCUACACAUUAGCGGUAUUUAGUGAUUUGUUAUGAUGCUUUUCCGCAGUUUGCCGCUUCUGUGCCUGUGGUUUUGGAGCUCGCAGUCACUUUACCGAGUCCCUCUGAAGAUGUUUAGCGGAAAGUUGGACUCGUCUGUUCUGCUGGAGCUCAGCGCCUUCAGGAGACACCAGAGCGCGUCUGGGAACGGCUUGUCUCUCGCUUCAGAUCCUGCGGGAAAUGUCAACUUCCUAAACAUGGUGGAUAAUUUAGAAGGGGACGCUGGACGGGGUUAUUACUUACAGAUGGACAUUGGGACCCCAGGACAGACGCUGAAUAUCUUGGUGGACACUGGAAGCAGUAACUUCGCUGUAGCGGCUGCACCACAUAUCUACGUCACAGCAUACUUCAACAGAGCUCUCUCCAGUACGUAUAGAACAAGUGGCAAGUCUGUGUCAGUCAGGUACACUCAAGGUGACUGGCAGGGUGAGCUGGGCUCUGACCUUAUAAAGAUCCCUCAUGGCCCCAACGGCACCAUCUCGAUCAACAUCGCUGCUAUCUUAACCUCAGAUGGCUUCUUCCUCCCUGGCAUCAACUGGCAGGGCAUCCUGGGACUGGCCUACCCCUUACUAGCUCGGCCAGACCCAUCUGUGGAGCCCUUCUUUGACUCUCUAGUGAAGCAGACUGGCAUCCCAGAUGUUUUCUCUCUCCAGAUGUGCGGAGCGGGAAUCUCCACCAGCCCCGCCACUAACCCAGCAGAUGGGAGUUUGAUCAUGGGAGGACUCGAACCGACGUUGUACCGCGGCUCAAUGUGGUAUACACCCAUCCUGCAAGAGUGGUACUAUCAAGUUGAGGUCUUGAAACUGGAAGUUGCAGGCGAGAAUCUAAACCUGGACUGCAGGGAGUAUAAUUCAGAUAAAGCCAUCGUGGACAGCGGGACAACGUUACUGCGUCUCCCUGAGAAAGUGUUCGACGCCGUCGUGGAGGCCAUCACGCAGUUGUCAAUAAUCCAAGACUUCUCCUCCGGCUUCUUCUCUGGGACCAAGCUGGCUUGCUGGGUGAAAGGCGAGUCACCGUGGGGAUUCUUCCCUAAAAUCUCAAUCUACCUCAGAGCAACCAACACUAGCCAGUCUUUUCGCCUCACGAUUCUUCCACAGCUCUACAUCCAGCUGGUCGCAGACAUUGAUGGCACACUCGACUGCUUCCGAUUCGGCAUCUCCUCCUCCACCAAUGGGCUGGUGAUUGGCGCAACCGUCAUGGAAGGCUUCUAUGUGGCUUUCGACCGCGCCCACAAGCAAGUCGGCUUCGCCGUGAGCACCUGCGCAGAAAGUAACGGCGUUCCCGUGGCAGAGAUAACCGGCCCCUUCCUAGCUGAGGGUGUGGCGUCAGGCUGUGUGGGCAGCCUUGGAUUUCAGGAGCCUUUAAUGUGGGUGGUGGCCUACUCUCUGAUGGCGCUGUGUGCCCUGGUACUGCUCAUCCUCCUGGUUCUGAUCGUUUUGCCGUGCCGGCGGCGGCGACGGGACGGAGAGAUCACAGACGAGUCCUCGCUAGUACGCAAUCGCAUCAAAUGAUGCUGCGCCUAAAACUCAGCCCGAAAAAUUGGACUGGUCAGGCCUCGGGCUGGGGACAUACACGAGGGAUAUUUUCCCUCUGACUGAAAUCAGGUUCCUGUUUGUUUAUUAGAAGACUCCUAAGAGGUUAAACCUCGACUACUACUGAAAUGGGUUUCUGGAUUUUUUUCACCAAACUGUUGUUUUUCUGUGUUAUUAUUUUAUACAUGUAUGAAAGGUAACAUCAUUUGCCACUAAUAUGUUCGUUAGGUUAGGAGUGUAGGUGAGUUAUGAAUAGGUUGAAGCAUAGGAGAGCAGAAAAGUGGCGCUUGUAGCGUCGCCGCAUCACAGCUCCAUGAUCCACGGUUCGAUCACGAGGUCGCCUUACUGUUUAACAUUUCCGUAUGGGUUUCCUUUAACUUCCCCAAAAUAAAAAAACAUGCCAGUAGGUGGAUUAAAGACUAAAUUGCACCAAGAAGUCAAUGAGUGAGUGCCUGGUGUCCUGUACAUGGUGUAACCCCUCCCACCUCACAUCAGUGUUCCCGGGAUAGGCUCCGGAUCCACUGCGACUCCGACCAGGAUAUAAAGAGCUUAAGGAACGAGACAUAGGACGUCACAAUGAAGGAAAUGAUGUGUGAAAAUUGUGUUCUAAAGGAAGCUGAUUCAUCUCCGUUUUAAAUAACGACUAUUUAAAAUAAUUAUUCGUUCAUUUUUAGUUGACUGUAAACUAUAAUACACAAUAAAAAAUACAUAGUUUUUCAUCAUGAAUCAGAAAUGACUGAAGGUUGCAAAUGAUGUACAACUAAGUGGAACUGAAUCCAAGACGAACUGAUGCCAAAGCAGCCGACGUGAAGGUUUAGUUACUAUUUCAAUCCAUCCGUGAGACGUUACUGUAUGUUAAUGAUGAUGUUCCUGAGAUGAAAUAUGUUUAUCAUCUUCUGUACAAUACAUUACACCAAGCUCAACAUGAAUGAUUUAAAACGACUAUUACUACUAUUGAGUACUUGAUUGUCUGAUGAUGAAACAUCAUAUACUGUGUAAAUAUGACACACAAACACUGUACAGUGCCAAAUGAGAAGAAUUUCAUAUAGAAUCAUAUCUUUAUGAAUGGGUUUUUUUCCACCUACUCAAAAUGUUAAUUAAAUAUUGAAUA